GAGCUGCUGCCGGUGGCCGCCACGCUGGGCUUGGCGUCGCCGCUCCGCUCCUCCUCGCCGUCGUCGUCGUCCUCCACCUCCUCUGGCUCGGGCUCUGGCGACCCCGCCCUCGACGGCAGCCCGCACGCCCGCGACGCACCCGGCGGCGGCACGGGGCCCGCGCGGCUGUGGCCGGCGUUGCACGCCGCGCACCGGCCGCCCAUUUCGGAGGAGGUGCUGCCCGAGGGCGUGACGCGCCAGCUCUCCGACUGGACCCAGCGCUACGCGAUGCCAAUCUGA